AUAAAUGGAAAGACAAGCUGGGUGACUGUGUAUACAGUAGCAAUUCAGCUGGGAGAAGUUGAUGAGUAGAGUGGAGGCGAAGCUACAGUGGAAGGAGACACUGCUCCCUAAAACUAGUUCACAUAAAGACCAGGCACACAUUGCUUCAGCACGCAUUUGGGACUUUAAAUAUCUCGUCUCCCUCUAACCCACCAGACCCACACAGACAGGUCCAGAAGCAUGUCUUUGGAAGUGAAGGAGAAGAGCCAAGUGCGCCUGGUGUUUCUAGGCGCAGCAGGAGUUGGAAAGACGGCCCUGAUCCGGCGCUUCCUUCAGGACACUUUUGAGCCAAAGCAUCGGCGGACAGUAGAGGAGCUGCACACCAAGGAAUACGAGGUGAGUGGAGCCACCAUUAAGGUUGAGAUCCUGGACACCAGUGGUAGUUACUCCUUCCCAGCAAUGCGUAAACUCUCCAUCCAGAACAGCGACGCCUUCGCUUUGGUCUAUGCUGUGGACGAUGCAGAGUCCUUUCAGUGUGUGAAGACUUUACAUGAGGAGAUCCUUGAGCUGAAAGAGGACAAGUUUCCACCCAUCGUAGUGGUGGGCAAUAAGGCAGAAGCUGGUGGGCUUAGACAGGUGUUGCAUGAGGAUGCCCUUUCCUUGGUGGAGCUAGACUGGAACAGCCGGUUCCUGGAGGCAUCUGCUAAGGAGAAUGAGAAUGUGAUGGAGGUCUUCAGGGAGCUGCUUCACCAAGCCAACCUACCUAGCCGGCUGAGCCCUGCCCUCCGCAGGAGACGGGAGACCUUUCCCAAGGAGCCCCCACUGAGGCCCCCCAUGAACAAAGCCAAUAGCUGCACCGUCUGUUGAACUAUGUGAGAAUGACAUCUGCAAGAGUUUUUGAAGGCCUUGGGACCUCAGUAUAGCAAUCAGGUUGCACCUGCCACAAUAGCAUUGUGGUACUCAGUCAUUUUGUGGCUCAGGACCCUUUUGUGAACCUUGAUGGUUUGUCAUGACAUAAUCAUCUCAGCUUUAAUGCCCACAAGUAACCAGUAUUUGUGCCCAUUUCAUUCAUUUGAUUUUGAGCUGCAACCUAAGCAUUGGGAAGCCUUGAUGCUGUGCGCAAAGCAACAUCUGUAAUUCUAAUCAGUUGUCCUGAUCCAAACUCUUAAUUUGUAAAUUGGAAGAGAUGCCCUUAAGUCAUGGACCUUGAUGACCCAGUUUGGUCAAAGCAAAUGAUGACUGCAUGACCAAACAGACUGAUGUUUGAGGCAACAUGGCUGAUGUCGACAUCGCAUGAACUUGGAAGGCAAGAAUUUGAGGAGUCUCUUAGGAAACAUUCACUUCCUGGGAUACCUGUUUACUUUUGGUGUUUCACUGAUUUCAUUGUCUGUGUUUUAUGAGUGACUGAACAGACACUGUAUGCUUGAAAAUGGGAAAGACAGACAUUUGUGGUGUUUGUUGAACAGCAGGUGUGUGUGUGUGUGUGUGUGUGUGUUGCCUGCCUCCCACACAACAAGUGGUUUUUGCUUUUUAUGUCUGCAUUGACAAUUUGCAUGCAUGUGCUCUUGUGCAGAUUUUUCAUUUACACUGAGCUAACCAUUCUCCAAGGCAACUUUGCAUUGUGGAAAGUAGUAUGUGU